ACUUAUAAUAGGUCAUGAACAACAUUCCAUUAUAAAGAAAAAUAAAGAAACUAUCAUUGAAUAAUAGAUGAUGUAUAAUAUGAAGAAAAGAAAAAAUCAAUAUUCAAGAUUUCAUUUCGUAUAUUUACAAAAAUACAAUGGAAAACAACUAAACUUUAUCUUGUAACUACAUAUAUAACUAAAAGUUGACAUCAUCAUCUUGAUCAUCAUCAUCAUCUUGAUCAUUAUCUUGAUCAUCAUCAUCAUCAUUAAGAUAUUUCUUAAAAAGGAAAACAAUUUUGGGAUUAAUUUUAUCACUACGUGUUUUCUUAUUAAAAAAAAUUUUUUUUUACUAUGUGGUUAAUCUAAGGAAGAGAAAAAUUAUGGGUUGCGUGAAUACAAAAUCAAUUUUAGAUAAAUCCAUUGAAGAAAUUGAAAAACCUGAAAUUUUAUUAAAAGAAUAUACACAUAAGCAUGUUAUACCAUUGAUAUCACAGUCUAAUCUAUGGUUUCCAGAUAUUAGUAAACCACAGCGAAGUUCCUUAGCAACACUUAAUCAUAAUCAUAAUAAUAAUAACUAUCAUUAUUAUCAAACAUACGAUUUCAAUAAAAAACCACAUAAUCAAUACUUUAAUUCUUCACUUAUAACUACCCAGCAACAAUCUAUUCGAUCCAAGUAUAAAUUAGAUUUAUUCAAUAAUAUAUCAAAGAGAUCACUGAUUCAAAUAAACAAUAAACAAACAAUUCAAUCAAUAAAAAUAAGAAAACAUUUAUACAAUAACAAUCAUAAUAAUAAUACUGUUGAUUUAAAUGAACAAUACACCUAUUAUCAAUUAUCAGUAGAUGGAAAUAAUAGAAGGGAUACAUUCAGUAGGAUUAAUACUAUUCAUUGUGAAAGUAUAUAUAAUAAUCAUGAUAGUGUGAAGAUAAAUAUUGUAUUAAUAUUUUCACAGGCUGAUAAACAAACUCAAUUAAUGAUUGAUGCAGCUCAACAAUUAAAACAUAAUUGUACAUUGAUCAAUACAAUUAAACAGGAUACAACAAUAAAGGAUAUAGAUAAGAUUAUUAAUGAAAAGCUUAUUGAUGUACAACAGAUUAUUGAUAUGGUUGUACUGGAUAUUCGUAAGCUGAAGCCGAACCGGUCUUUCAGUAUUUCUGGUACCAAAUCGUCACAGUCCCCAGAAAUUAAUACCAGUAAUAAUAACAUUAGUUCAUCAUUGAGCAACUGGUGUAAACAACUUAGAAGUUAUUCACCGACAAAAGAUUCAGUUAUUGUAGGAUUAUUGAGUCGGAAAUGCUCUUCUGAUCAAAGAAAAAUACUCAUGAAUAAAGCUCUAAAAUCUGGUUGUAAUAAGUGUAUUUUUGAAGCAACAACUGUAGAUGAUUUUUGUGAAGAAUUAAAAAAUUUUGCUAAUAAUGAAUGGAAAUUAUUAAAUCAAUUAAGAAAUUUCAUUUGUACUAACAAUAUUACUACCAAUGCAACAACAACAACAACUACUACUACUACAACUAGUACUAGUAGUAGUAGUACUACCACUACUACUUCUACCACAAAUAAUAAUAAUAAUAAUAAUAAUACAGUAACAACAAAAGCAAUUAACAUUUUUACUACCCCUAAUAGUAAUGAAAACAUUGUAGAAUCUGAAAACAUUCAAUCAAAUACAGAAUUAAAUGAGAUUUUCCUAAAAGAUGAGUGUAGAUUUCAAAUGAAAUCAGAGACUAGACAGCCGACAAUUAAAGAGUCCGUAGAUAAUGAAAUAGCAUCAACGGAUGAACUGAAAGCCAAUGUUAUUGAUUCUGUCACUGUGCUACAUGAGCAAGGAAAGAAAUUUAGAGAAUUUAUCUCCGUACGAAAACCUAGAAACUCAGAUACAAACAAUAUUGUUGGUUUAAGUGCGUUAUUACAUUCUAGAUGUCCGGACUUUUCGUCACCAAUGUGUAAAGUAAUUGGAAUUUUGAAUUCUGCACGUGUUCGCAGUCCAUUACCAGUAGCAAAAGAUCUACAAAAAGCUAUUAAUUUAAUAUGUAGUUCAAAUGUAUUUGUUGAUCAAAUAAUGAAACCAUUAAGUCGAACAAAUGAUCCUAUCACAGCAGAUCUAAUUGAAGGUUUGAUUACUGGAUCAAACCUAGCUAGAGAACCAGAGAACUUACUCAAACUUCGAUCUUUGGCUAAAUCUCUAAAAGGAUCCGAAAAUGUUACAACAACACUGUCAACUUUACAAAAUAGUCCAGAAAUUGAAACUUGCCUAUCAAAUUUUGAUAAAUGGGACUUCAACAUAUUUGAUCUUGAACGGUUAACUAAUAAAAAACCUCUCACUUAUUUAGGUAUGAAGAUAUUGGACAGUUUUAAUGCUCUUAGUGUACUACGUGUACCUAGUCAAAUUUUAGUCGGUUGGUUAACAGUAAUUGAAGAACAUUAUCAUGUGGAUAAUCCAUACCAUAAUGCUACACAUGCAGGUGAUGUUCUACAAGCAUCAGCUUACUUUCUACAACAUAGUUUAAUAAGAUCAAUUUGCACAAAUAUUGAUGAAGUUGCUACACUUUUAGCCGCGAUAGUACAUGAUGUAGACCACCCGGGGAAAACAAAUCCAUUUCUUGUGAAUAGUAAUGAUCCAUUAGCUAUUCUAUACAAUGAUAUUGCUGUAUUAGAAAGUCAUCAUGCGGCUGUUUCAUUUGAAUUAACCCUCCGAUCACCUGACAUCAAUAUUUUUCAGAAUUUGACACGUGAAGAAUAUCGUACAAUACGUAGCUAUAUUGUUGAUAUGGUAUUAUCUACUGAAAUGGUACGACAUUUUGAUAUUGUUACAAAAUUUGUAAACACAUUAAGUAAACCAAUGCUUGCAAAGAAUCGUCACCAUGAUCGUUCAUCUGUCGGUAGUAUGAGUUCUAUGGAAUCAUGUUCUAUGGGAAUGACAAUAUCACAUUCUACUUCACCAAGUCCUGGACAAGAACGUAUAUCUAGUACACUAGAAAACUUAUCAACUGCCGAAAAUAGAACAUUAAUUAAACGUUUAAUUAUUAAAUGUUCCGAUGUUAAUAAUCCUACAAGACCAUUAUCUAUAUGUAAAGAAUGGGCAACAAGAAUAGCGGAAGAAUACUUUUGUCAAACAGAAGAAGAGAAACGACGCAAUUUGCCUAUUGUUAUGCCAAAUUUUGAUCGACAAACUUGUAAUAUUUCUCAAUCACAGUUAUCAUUUAUUGAUUUCUUUUUAAAAGGAAUGUUUUCAGGAUUUGACUGUGUUUUUCCAAUCCCUGAACUAAUGAGUAAUCUAGAAAGUAAUACAGCUUAUUGGGCCAAUAAUAUUGAAAAAGAGAAAAAAACACAUGUAACUUAUCAAACAGAAACAAAAUCAAUAUCUGUUCACCAGGAUUAAACUUUAUUUUAUUUUAUUUUUUUGUUUGUUUUCGGUUUUAUAUUUAUUUUUCAAUACUUCACAUUUAUUUGUUCCUUUGUUACCAGGUUAGAAAUAAAUUAAUGUAAGCAUAUUAAAUAUACAUAUUAGGUCAUACACACAUACAUAGAUAUGCAUGUAUGCAUAUACAUCAAAUCUAUCUAUCUAUCUAUCUAUCUAUCUAUCUAUAUCUAUCCUAUUCUAUCCUUUCCUGUCCUAUCCUACUCUAUCCUAUCCUAUCCUGUCCUGUCCUAUCCUAUCUAUCAAUCAAUCAGUCAAUCAAUUAAUGAAUCUAUGUAUCUAUCACAUUGAUGUAGAAGAAAGAAUAAUCUAACAGAAUCAUAUCGGUUGUUUACUCAUCCACUAUUAGUAUUGUUGUGGUUAUUGUUUUUAAUUGGAUUCAAUUAGUCAGUUCCAACUGAAUACUCAUUCAUUAGUUAAUUCUGUACAAACUAUACACAGUGCACUUGAAAACGAAGAAAAACAAACAAACAAACAAACAAAAUGGAAAAUAAACAAAACAGUCUAGAAUUUCUGUUGAAAAUUCUUCUGAGUAAUUUUUUUUCUAAAAAUUGUUCAUUCUUUUUUCUUUUCUUUUUUUCUUUUCUUUUUUUCUUGUUUUUUCUCUUUUUUUCGGUUUUGUAUGAUAAAUAUUUGUUCAGUUGUUAAAUUCUUUGAAAUCGUUCAAUAGAAUCAUCAUCUAAUUCUAGAUCCAUCUUCAUGAUAUUCAUAUUGAUAUUGUCACUUGUCAUUCUAUUCAUUUUUAAUGAUGUUUUUUUUGUUUUCUCUUUUUUUUAAUAAGAUGCCAAAUUAUGUUGAUAGAGAAGUUUUUGGUUGUUGUACAAGUAUGCUUAUAAUUACAUAAUGACAUCAUAACUAUCACUACUACUACCACUUCUACUACCACUACUACUACUACUACUACCACUAUCACUGCCGCUACUACUAUUAUUACUACUAGUACUACUACUACUAUUACUCUUAUAAGUAGUAGUAUUAUUCCUUAUAAAUAAUUUUAUUUAUUCAAAUAAACCAUUUUAACUCAUUCAUAUUAUUAAACAAUUCAAUGAAUAUUCUUCAUUUAUGUCUUACGAUUCAUUAUUAAUCAUAGAGAUUAAUAUAAGUAGUAUAUUUUUUAAAACUUGAUCAAUAUUUUAUUUCAUUUCAUUGUUUGUUUGUUUGUUUUCUACCAUGUAAAAACAAUCAAAUUUUACUUUAAUCUUUCUAUUCUAUAUUACUAAUUGUCUACCUCGUGUAGAAUCAUGUUUGAUUGUGUUAUUAUAUUGAUUUAUGACACUUUUAUUGAUCCAUUACGUACUUAUUUAAGCCUAUUCCUCUCGAUGGAGCAUAGGCUAUCGACUAGCAUUCACCAUAUGUCUAUAUAUGAAUACAAAAUAAUGUUUAUAUAUAUGGAUAAGUUUAUAUUUCUAUGUCUAUUAUAUGUCUAAAUGUAUUCGUUUAUUUUGUUGGUAACUAUGAACAUCCUCAAAGAAUUGUUCUUCCAUAAUAGAAAUUUAUUAUUAUUAUUAUUAUUAUGGUUACUAUGAAUAGUAAUUAUGAUUGAGAUAUAUUCUCAACUUGUAUUGUACAGUGAUAAUGUAACUAUUUAUUGUCUUAUUCUAUUGUAUUUAUAUUGUUGGUAAUUUCGAAACUUACCGUCCAUUAUAAUCACAUGUAAUCCAUCCAGAUCAUUGAAGAUAAGCUUAUGAUGAUGUAAUCAUACUUAUUAUGUUGUUGAUGUAAUAAGACUAUUGUAAAUCAACAGUAUACAAAGUGUUAUUAGAAAAUAUUAUGAAUCGAUAUAAAUUAUUCUUGUCAUU